AUGCGACUCUCGACCUGUAACAACGACGAUACCCUAGGCCCCAGUGUAUCGGGCUGCCGAGGCGACUUCGACUUCACCAUCAAAUUUGAGCAGCUUGUUUUCUCUAUUGUUCCUUCAGCACUCCUCAUCGUCGCCGUCGUUGGGAGAGCAGCAUGGUCUGUUCGGAAGCCUGUCAUUGUCCAUGCUCCGACAUUCCUGUCUAUAAAGCUUGGAGCUAUCGUACUAUAUGCGUUGCUCAAGUUUGUGCUGCUCAUCCUGGUAGCAACCGGUCCCCUUGUCAAAACACAUGCCUCCAUCGCCUCCAAUAUCUUGCAACUGUUGGCGGCAACGGCGAUGUUCACCCUCUCGUUUCUCGACCACGGGCGGUCGGCAAGACCUUCGGUGCUGUUGAGCAGCUACCUCUUUUUCACGCUGCUUCCCGAUAUCGCUCAAACUCGCACGUUCUGGCUUGUUGCAGACACCGAGCAUGACGCGGCGCAUGCCGGUGUCUUCACCGCUUCAAUGUUACUGAAGGUCUUCAUGCUUUUCGUCGAAGCUCAACAAAAAACUAAGUGGGUGAACUGGGGUACUGAAGAGUUGCACAGCCCCGAAGAGACCAGUGGUAUAUACAGUCUUGGACUCUAUUUUUGGCUAAAUAACCUUUUCUUUAGCGGUUACAGAAAGGUCCUGCACAUGGAAGAUCUGUAUCCUCUGGAUCGUGCCAUUGCCGGUGCAAACCUCUACAGACGGUUUCAAAUACACGCCGACUACACCAAAAUGAAGGGUACUGCGUAUGGCUUGGCUAAGGCGGUGGCUCGAACACUGCUAGUUCCAAUGCUGUUACCAAUUCCCCCCCGAAUUGGCUUGAUCUUCUUCAAAUUUUGCCAACCAUUUCUGAUCAACUCCAUUCUUGAGGUUAUCUCCGGGCAGUCGACCCAAGAGACUGUCAAUUAUGGAUACGGUUUCAUCGGAGCCACUGCGCUCAUAUACUCUGGACUUGCCGUAUCUACAGCUCUUUACUGGUAUUUUCACUUCCGAUCGCUUCAAAUGGCUCGUGGUAUUCUCAUUACCGCCAUUUACACCAAAACUACAGAAGCACAGGUUGGGAUAGGAGAUUCGAGCGCGCCUGUGACCCUGAUGAGUGUCGAUAUUGAACGCAUCAAUUUCGGUUUCCAGUCCCUUCAUGAGGUAUGGGCUGCCGGCAUAGAGGUCGGUCUAGCUAGCUAUCUACUCUACAAUGAACUUGGGAUCGCGUUCGUUGCUCCCAUCGUAACUCUGAUCAUCUGCUUCUUGGUCAUGUCUGUACUGGUCAAAUAUACGGGUAAAGCACAAAAGAGCUGGAUGACUCGGGUCCAGAAGCGUGUCGGCCUGACUGCCACCGUCAUCGCAAACAUGAAAAACGUGAAAAUUGCUGGAUUGGCGGGGCCCAUCUUCGAUUCUAUCCAAAAAAAUCGGGUCGACGAGUUAAAAGGGAGCAGUCGCGUCCGCCAAUUGGCUUUAAUGGGCAUCAUCGUCUCCUGGGCCCCCUUCCUCAUUUCUCCCGUCAUCACCUUUGCUCUCAGUGAGCGUUCCCUGGACACCGCAAGAGUGUUUACUGCUCUAUCAUAUCUCGUCCUCCUGGCAACUCCUCUCACCGUGGUCCUCAAGGUCGGUCCUCAGAUGGCCUCUGGAUUCGCGUGUUUGAGUCGUAUGCAAGCUCAUCUGGAGCGCAACAGCCGAGACGACUUCCGGGUGGUCCCGCUCAACAGCACAGCGCCAGUGGAAAAGGAGCUCUGCAUAGUUUCACCUUCGAAUAACGAUGACAAGAUCCGCCCAGGCUCUGCCAUUGUGGUUACUGAAGCGACUUUUGGAUGGGAAGAGGGGAAAGCGGUCCUCACUGACAUAAACAUCUGCAUUCCCAGAUCCUCUCUUACCAUGGUCGUCGGGCCGAUCGGGUCUGGGAAAUCUACUUUGUGCAAGGCGCUUUUGGGAGAAAUCCCUUACCAUCGAGGCCAAGUCGCUUGGACCAACGGAAUCGGCCGAGUGGGUUAUUGCGAUCAAGCACCCUUUUUGUCAAAUUGCUCAAUUCGGGACAACAUUGUCGGCUUUUCGCCGUUCGAUGAGGAAAGAUAUGCUAGCGUCAUCAGCGCGGCAAUGCUUGAGGCCGACUUUGAAAUACUGCCGCGAGGCGACAGCACAAAGAUUGGCAGCAACGGAAUCAUUCUCUCCGGAGGCCAACGACAACGCAUUUCAUUGGCUCGGGCUUUGUACUUGCAAACGGACAUGCUUAUCUUCGACGACGUGCUCAGAGGGCUUGACGCUGACACCGAAGAGCAAGUCUUUAAGCGUGUCUUUGGCACCAAUGGCAUCAUUCGAAGUCGUCAAGCCACUGCAGUACUCUGUACACACUCUGUCCGACACUUACCAUCCGCUAAUAAGAUCAUCGCUCUAAACACUCAAGGCACUGUCACUGAGCAAGGCUCCUUUGAGGAACUGGUUGCGAAUGGCAAGUACAUCCAUAGACUUGGUGUGAAAGCCACGGAGAACGACACAAUCGGCGAAUCAACCGAGACUGAAGAAUCAUACCAGCAUUCUGGACUCACGGCUUCGCGGCGGAAAGCAAUCACAAUAUCUACAAAUGACCCUGACGUACCAGACAUAGCACGACAACAAGGAGAUCGAAGGGUUUACAAACACUACUUCAAGAGCAUGGGUUAUCUCGUCGCCACCAUUCAGAUGGUUCUGACCGCUCUGUUCGGCUUUUUUUACAAUUUUCCCACUAUCUGGCUCAAGUAUUGGAGUGAUUCCGCGUCCUCGGCGCACCCGUCGCACUGUUCGGGAUACUAUGUCGGCAUAUACGGCUUGCUCAAUAUUUGUUGUCUGCUCUCUAUGGUUGUCCUUGCAUAUCUUGUAUGGGUGCUUGCUGUCAGAAGGGCUGGAGCUAACCUGCACCGCGAGGUGUUGCGCACGCUGACCCGUGCCCCUCUCCGAUUUUUGACCACGACUGAUCAAGGCGUGAUCACGAACCUGUUCUCACAGGAUCUCAACCUGGUUGAUACUGAACUGCCUAAUGCCUUACUAAACACUUUGUAUAACCUUACUAUUGCUGUCGGACAGGCUGCUGUCAUGAUUACUGCUACAGCCUACAUCGUUGCAAGCUAUCCCUUCAUCAUAGCUUUGAUGUGGUUGAUUCAGAAGCUCUACCUCCGGACCUCCAGACAGAUGAGGAUGCUGGAUCUCGAAGCAAAGAGUCCUUUAUACACCCACUUCCUGGAUACAACUAAAGGAAUUGUAACGCUCCGUGCGUUUGGUUUCAUCUCCAACGACCGAGCAAAGAAUAUGAAUUUGCUUGACGACUCGCAGCGACCGGCUUAUCUGCUCUUCAUGCUACAGCAAUGGCUUACACUAGUUCUUAAUUUCAUCGUCAUGGCACUGGCAGUCCUUCUCGUCAGCCUUGCUGUAAAUCUACAUCACAACUCAGGCUUCACCGGAGCAUCAUUGGUCACGCUAAUGAGCUUCGGGGAUUUUCUCUCGAGCAUUGUGAUGCAGUGGACGAAGCUCGAAACUUCAAUUGGUGCCAUUGCGAGGUUACAAACUUUCAAUAACACGGUCGCUCCUGAAGACAGGAUGGAAGAGACCAUCAUUCCAGGCGAGGAGUGGCCAACGAACGGCCAAAUUGACCUGCGAGAAGUCUCGGCUACUUAUGAUGACCCCAGAGGAUGUGGAGAGGUACCCAACCUCGUGAUCAACAAAGUCAGUCUCUUCAUCGCACCCGGGGAGAAGGUUGCCAUUUGCGGACGUACCGGCAGUGGAAAGUCCAGUAUGUUCGCUCUACUGCUCAAGCUGCUCGACCCCUGCGAAGGUACCCCUGGACGAAUCUACAUAGACGGCACGCCGCUUCAUCUCAUUGACCGUACAACUUUGCGUCUCCGUAUUAUAGCGAUCCCUCAGGAAGCCUUGUCUCUGCCGGGCGGUGCCACUUUCAGGCAGAACCUGGAUCCAUUCGACAGGGCCCACACAGAUGAAUGCUGUGCCGUCCUGAAAACGGUCGACCUAUGGUCGCUGAUCCAAAGCCGAGGCGGGCUGGACACGGCGAUGACGUCCGACACGUUCUCGCAGGGGCAACGCCAGCUGUUCUCUUUAGCGUAUGCGGUCCUCCGGCGGAGGAUGCGCUCUCGACUCCUCGGAGCCGGUGGUGUCGGCUCUGAGGGCGGCAUCCUUUUGCUGGACGAAGUUACGUCUUCCGUCGAUCAGGACACGGAACGAGUAAUGCAGGAGAUUAUUGCAACUGAGUUCCAAGAUUACACCGUCGUCGCCGUGAGCCACCGUCUCAGCACGAUCAUGGACUUUGACAGAGUUGCGGUCAUGGACCACGGCGAGAUUGUCGAGGUCGGCAACCCCAGGACACUGGUCGAAACCGAGAAUACAAGGUUCGGCAACCUGUGGAAAUCCGGAGGGAGCUAG